ACAUUUAAGUGACAACGUCGAAUGUGUGACACAAUCCUGACACAUCGAAAUCAAAUCAAAUUCAAAGCAGUCUCGAAAAUGGCUGACACGGGGCCAAGUAAAAGUGAUAUCGAAGCAGUAUUUCAAAGGCUACGAGCGAUUCCUUCCAACAAAGUAUGUUUCGACUGCAACGCCAAAAAUCCUACGUGGUCGUCGGUGACGUUUGGUGUGUUCAUCUGCCUGGACUGUUCAGCGGUGCAUCGCAGCCUGGGCGUGCACAUCACUUUCGUGCGCUCUACGCAGCUCGACACCAAUUGGACAUGGAAGCAGCUCAGGAACAUGCAGCUCGGCGGCAAUGUGAACGCAACACAAUACUUCCGCACGCACGGAUUGUCCACCGAUGAUGCUCGCCAGAAGUACAGUUCACGAGUGGCGCAGAUGUACAGAGACAAGUUGAGUGCAUUGUCUGAACAGGCAAUGAAGACACAUGGCACAAAGCUUCACCUGGAGGCGGCCGCGCCGGAAGUGAGGGAGAAGGAGAAGUCAGAGCUGGAGGUAGACUGGUUUGCGCAGCACGCAGAUGUCCUUGCCAAUAAUACUAACCAGCUAAGCCUUGACGCACAGAAGUCUGCGGAGAGCCUCAGCUCGGAGGCGCGGCUGUGGGGCGCGGGCGCGGGCGCGGCGGCGGGGGGCGCAGCGCCGCGCGCCGCCAGCGACAGGCCCGCGCCACGCCGCACCGGGAUGGGCGCGCGGAAAGGCGGCCUGGGCGCGACCAAAGUGGCAGCUAAUUUUGAAGACAUCGAGCGAGAAGCUAUCAUGGCAGAGAAACUAAAAAUGGAGGCGGCGGAGGGGUCGCGC